GAGCUUGUUGAAUGUCAGUUGCCAGAAGCAGAGACCCCUCCAGUCGGCUUCUCGUCCGCUCUCCCGCCGCCAGCCCCCCAUGGAGUCUGAGGAACAACCGAGAGCGUCCUGCAGCCUCCUCGUGCCCGGAUGGGGUUGCCUGGACAUGGACGAGGACGACAGCGAGGUUGUGAUCGGCAUCCGGCCCAAGUCCUCGCCUCUCCCGCGGAGAAAGAGCUCCCUCUCCGAGGAGGACUCGGAACCGGACUCGCCGCCACCGCUUUCUGGCUCCAGGAGGGUGUCCUUCGCGGACGCCAAGGGUCUAAGUUUGGUGCAAGUGAAGGAGUUUGAUUUGUGGGACGUGCCACAGCCGCCGGGAUUCCAAUCCCAAGAAGACGACAAAGCGGUUUCAGAGGACUACAUCCUGUGCCCUCUGACUUUUCACUCCCCGUUGUCUCCUGAGGAUCUGCUGGUGAGGGUCCAGGAGCAGAAAAUAGAGCUGGAGUCCUUGGAGCUGAUCCCAGGAACGAGCACGCUGAAAGGAGUGGUGCGUGUCCUCAACGUGUCCUACCACAAGGCCGUGUACGUGCGGACCACCUUAGACUGCUGGGCCAGCCACUUCGACCUCCUGACAGAGUACCUCCCCGCCCCCAACGACGACGACGCCCACACGGACCGCUUCGCUUUCAAGUUCACCUUGAUACCGCCAUUCCAGGAGCAAGGGUCCCGCGUCGACUUCUGCCUGAGGUACGAGACCCCCGUGGGGACGUUCUGGGCCAACAACAGCAACAGGAACUAUGUGCUGCUUUGCCACCAGAGAGUGACGCAGAAAGAGAAUACGCAGAAGAAAAGCUGCCUGAAGACCAUCUGUCAAAACUUUGUGGAAAACUCCUCAGAAACCCCAUCGCAGGAAACGCUGCUAGCAGAUGGGGCGACAGAUGGAGAAAAAGCCGAGGAAGUCAAAGCCAUUCCACUUCCUGACAGUCGGACAGAGGAGGGCAGAAAGAAUUUACAGGCUGAGAACCGGAACAACUGCAGCCGAAGAAAUCGGCGAAAGGCGGCGCGGAUGGCUCGGGUGAAGGACUACUUUUCUCAAAGAGACAGCGGUGAUGUAUCGCCUCCAGAAGACAAAACCGCCACCAAAGACGCAAUAUUACCGGGAAACCCAGAAGAUGCGCAUAAAGACAACGUAAAACUUGAAGAUACAUUCGGUGAUGAGGCAGCAAUUGAACACAACACGCAAGAGGAAGACUCGGGCGCAACUGUGGCCGUCUGUGGGACUUCAUUACCAGGCACAGGCAAUGAAGAACCGAGACACCGCCUCACGUGUGGGAAUGCGAUGGCUCCUCUGUACCAGCAGAUGUUUGACAACAGUGACUGGAAACUUUCAGAAAAGACAACUCCUUCCACAAAAGAAAAAGACUCCUCAACGGAGCGUGAAGAAUUUCCGAACAACACCAUCGAUGACUCGACACAAGAGAGUUUUGACACCACAGUGAAGGUUCCUUUCCUUGUAAAGGACACAUGGAAUGAUCCUGAAGUGAUAGAACAUGAUGAUCAAAUAAGUAUAAACAUAAGAGAUGUGUUUGUAGAUUUACCAACAGUCAAGGACGCUUCAGGUGAAACGCAGAAGGACAUCCCGCGUCUGUCGCCGUCCCAGUUGGAUCACGGUCACGAGGAUCAACAGAUGGGUUUGAAGCAGUCAGAAGAGGCCAAAGCUUCAAACCAUUUGGAAGUUACUCAUUACGCCAAAGAACAUGAGAACAUCUUCGCUUUUUGUGCUGUUGGAACACCUUGCCCCGAGGAACCUCGUGAGGCCGUGCAUGAUUUCCUCGACGAUAAGGCUGGAGGUAAACAUGUUGAACCCAGCACCAUUCUUGAAGACAAGCCUGGUGUUUUAGACGUGGCUAAGUGUCCAAAGGAAGAGACGAUUAUCUGCGCUGAGAACAUUGAGGUCCAAAACUGGGAAAUGAUGGUAGAAGAGGAAGAAGUGAACGUGUUCGGAGGGGAAGACCGGCGCUCUGGAGAACAGAAACAUGACCAGCUGAUAGUAGAAACUAAAGCCUUCACAUCUACUGAGGCGGAGGUGCUUGUGCCGCUCCAGAACCAGAUUACAACUGGAGGAGAGGAGCCUGUGGAGAGUGUUGUUUGGGAAUAUAACAAAUCUGUUUCCAAAGAGUUUAUAGCCAAAAACCUGGAGAAGACAACGUUAGACUCACAGCAAGAUGUUUCUGAGAUGCGAGAAAGCAAAAUGGUGGUUGAGAAGUUGGAAGGGGUCGAUGAUGAGGAUGGGGUGGAUACCGAGGAGCAAGAAAAGGAUCUACACCAUCCAGAGCUCGUUGAUGUGGCAAAAGGCAAACAGGAUGAAGUCCAGAUGUUGGAGUUUAAUCACAACAUGCUGGAGGAUUCUCUUCUGAAUCAUCUACAGGACAAGGAUGUAGCUAGAGAAGACCUAAAGGAAGUCCAGAUGUUGGAGUUUGAUCACAACAUGCUGGAGCAUUCUUUUAUGAAUCAUCUACAGGACAAGGAUGUAUCCAGAGAAGACCGAAAGGAAGUCCAGAUGUUGGAGUGGGAUCAUAGCAGGCUUGAGGAUGCUCAUCUAAAUCAGCUACAGGAGAAUGAUGGAUCCAGAAAAUAUAUAAAUGAAGUCCAGAUGUUGGAGUUUGAUCCUAACAGGCUUGAGGAUGCUCUUCUGAAUCGUCUCGAGGAGGAUGAUGGAUCCAGAAAAGAUCCAAGAGAAGAACUAAAGAAAGCCCAGAUGUUGGAAUUUGACAAUAACAAGCUUGAGGAUACUCUUCUGAAGCAUCUCGAGGAGGAUGGUGGAUCCAGCGAAGACCUAAAUGAAGUCCAGCUGUUAAAGUUUGAUCACAACAAGCUUAAGGAUACUCUUCUGAAUUAUCUUCAGGAGGAUGAUGGAUCCAGAGAAGAUUCAAGAAAAGAACUAAAUGAAGUCCAGAUGUUGGAGUUUGACCAUAGCAAGCUUGAGGAUACUCUUCUGAAUCAUCUCCAGGAGGAUGAUGGAUCCAGAGAAGAUCUAAAUGAAGUCCAGAUGUUGGAGUGUGAUCUUAACAGGCUUGAGGAUGCUCUUCUGAAUCGUCUAGAGGAGGAUGGUGGAUCCAGAAAAGAUCCAAGAGAAGAAUUAAAUGAAGUCCAGAUGUUGGAGUUUGACAAUAACAAGCUUGAGGAUACUCUUCUGAAUCAUCUUCAGGAGGAUGGUGGAUCCAGCGAAGACCUAAACAAAGUCCAGCUGUUAAAGUUUGAUUACAACAAGCUUAAGGAUACUCUUCUGAAUUAUCUUCAGGAGGAUGAUGGGUCCAGAGAAGAUUCAAGAGAAGAACUAAAUGAAGUCCAGAUGUUGGAGUUUGACCAUAGCAAGCUUGAGGAUACUCUUCUGAAUCAUCUCCAGGAGGAUGAUAGAUCCAGAGAAGAUCUAAAUGAAGUCCAGAUGUUGGAGUGUGAUCUUAACAGGCUUGAGAAUGCACUUUUGAAUCGUGUAGGAGAGGAUGAUGGAUUCAGAAAAGAUCCAAGAGAAGAACUAAAUGAAGUCCAGGUGUUGGAGUUUGACAAUAACAAGCUUGAAGAUACUCUUCUGGAUCAUCUCCAGGAGGAUGAUGGAUCCAGCGAAGACCUAAAGGAAGUCCAGAUGUUAAAGUUUGAUCACAACAAGCUUAAGGAUACUCUUCUGAAUUAUCUUCGGGAGGAUCAUGCAUCCAGAGAAGAUUCAAGAGAAGAACUAAAUGAAGCUCAGAUGUCAGAGUUUGACCAUAGCAAACUUGAGGAUACUCUUCUGAAUCAUCUCCAGGAGGAUGAUGGAUCCAGAGAAGAUCUAAAAGAAGUCCAUAUUUCGGAGUUUGAUCAUGGCAAGUAUGAGGGUGCUCUUCUGAAUCAUCUCCAGAAGGAUUAUGAAACCAGAGAAGAUCCAAGUGAAGAACCAACUGCUAGAACCCUAGAUGAAUCAGAUGGCCAAGAUGAUGGCAAAAAGACUGUGACGCUAAAUGGCCAAGAUUUGAACGAGGGACCCGAGAACGACCACACGAGCGACGACAGCGAUUCGGACGAUGAGGUGGAGCUGUACAUGCACUGCCUGAGGGCGGUCCACGCCAGCCAUCGGUCAGCCAAAGACCAGAGCGUUGAUGCGGCCUUCAACCCGAGUAAGCGGCCUUCUCUGAGCAGCAGCAAGCCGCUGUCCGCACCCAUGCCCUCCAUCAGCGAGGCGGCGGAUGAAGAACAUCUCUGCUGUGAAGACGCGCAGACAACGGACGUCCACGCCAAGCCACAGGCAGGCGGAGCUCCGAGCACCAUCAGAAAGGCGUCCUGGUGGCGGGAGACUUCUUGCAGGUGCAUGUCCAAAACAAUGCUGUUUGCUGCCUUGUUAGCUGUGUUUGUAGUCACGGCUUACUAUUAUGACUUCCUGGCCUGUUUUGGCCUCUACUUGAUUUCUGUGGUUUGGCUCUUGUGUCAAGAAGAGAAGCAGCCCAUGAAAGACAACACAAUGGGCUGAAUUCAUCCUGAAACACAUUGCUGUGUCUGACACACCAUUUUUGUUUGUUUUUUAGACACGUUGUGUAAUUAAUAAGACAUCCAGGAUAUACUGUAUUUAGAAAAAUAGAAACAUGAUGUAUAUCUCCUACUCCUGAACCAUAUGAAUUAUUGAAAAUGUGUAUUAAGGUUAAUUUGUCUUUUUUUUUAUUAUUACCAAAGCUUUUUUUGAACUCUGAAUUUAUGCAACUGAAUUUUUGGUGCUUGAAUUUUGUGAACUGAUUUUUUUGUUUUUUUCCUCUUCAAAUUAUGCUGACAAUUUCAUUGAAUAGACAUUUUUGGAGCAAAAGUAUUGUGUUUAAAAAAUCAGUUUGAUAAAAUCCACUGUAAAAAAAUUCAGUGCACAAUAAUAUUCUUCAAUGUUUAUUUAUUUAUAUAGCCCUAAAUCACAAAUGUCUUAAAGGACUGUACUAACCACUACGACUACGACAUCCUCGGAAGAACCCUAUGUGAGUUUUCUUUGCUUCAAAACUCAAGAAGUUUGUAGUCAUGUGACAGGAUACACAGGGGUCACGUGACUGCAAACUCGACCCCUCAUUUGGCCGGUUCUGAGACAGGCUAGAUUGAUUCAGUUUGAAUUUAUCAGAAGUGAGUCCUGAGUUUUGAAGAUACAAACAUUUUUACACUGAAUUUUUUUACGCAGAUUUUCCUACACACUUAAUUUCAAAACACUUUAUUUUUACAAACCUAUUUUUUAAUAACGCACAUUUUAUCCAUCAAUUUUAUCCAUCAAACUGUACGAUGUCAAAAUGACAAUAUUACGCAAAAAAUGUCAUGCAACAAUUUGUUUCUGCACUGAAUUUUUUACACAUGUUUUACACUCUAAAUUUUAAAACUUGAUUUUUAAAAACACAUUUUAUCCAUCGAAUUGUCCAGUGUCAAAAUGAUAAUAGAUUUUACGCACAUUUUUUAAGCAAGGAAUAUGUCCGUGCUAAUUUUUUUUACACUGAAUUUGAAUUUAAAAGCCCUGUAUUGUAAUAUCGCCUUGACUCGUAUUUUACAGCAUGUUUUCAAUAAAAUUGCACAGUGUCAAAAUGGCAUUAGACUGUAUGCCAAAAAUUAGAAGUAAAAAAUAUUUCCGCCCUGAAUUUUUCUGCACUGAAAUUUUUUACACUGAAUUUUAAAAAACACAUUUAUCUAGGAAAUGUGUACAUUGUCAAAAUGACAAUACAUUUUACGUAUAAAAUUUCAAUGAGCAAUUUUUGCUUCACUGAUUUUUUUACGCAAAAUUUUUACACAGUGGAUUUUAAAACCCUGUAUUCUAAUAUCUGCUUGGCUCUUGAUUUCACAGCCAGUUAUCAAUCAAUUCAGACAGUGUCAAAGUGGCAUUAGAUUUUACGCUAAAAAUUAGAACCAACAAAUGUUUUCGCACUGAAUUUUUAAAAACACACAUUUUAUCUAUUGAAUUGUACAGUAUCAAAAGGACAAUACAUUUUAUGAAAAAAUUUCAAGCAACGAUUUAUCAAAUUGUACAGUAAUAAUAAUAAUAAUGGAUUAGAUUUAUAUCGCGCUUUUCUAUUGUUAUAUACUCAAAGCGCUCACAGAGAAGUGGGAACCCAUCAUUCAUUCACACCUGGUGGUGGUAAGCUACGUCAGUAGCCACAGCUGCCCUGGGGUAGACUGACGGAAGCGUGGCUGCCAGUUUGCGCCUACGGCCCCUCCGACCACCACCAAUCAUUCAUUCAUCAUUCAUUCACCGGUGUGAGCGGCACCUGGGGCAAAGGGUGAAGUGUCCUGCCCAAGGACACAACGGCAGCGACUUUGAUGUCCAUAGGUGGGAAGCGAACCUGCAACCCUCAGGUUUCUGGCACGGCCGCUCUACCCACUACGCAAGAAAUGUUACACAAAAAAAUUUCAAGCAACAAUUUUUUCUGCACUGAAUUUUUUACACAAACUUUUUAAACACUGAAUUUUAUAAGCUGGUAUUUUAUCCAAUCCAUUAAUUUUAUACCGCUUGUUUUAACAAACUUGAUUUUUAAAAACAGGAAUAUUUCCACAAAGCCUGUAUUUUAAUAUCUGCUUGACUCAUAAUUUUAAAAGUUAUCCAUUAAAUCAAUGUACGGUGUCAAAAUAACAAUGUGUUUUACGGUAAAAAAAAACAAAGAAUAUUUCCGUACUGAAUUUUAAAACCCUAACCAACGGAUGUUUUAAACACGCGCAUUUUGCUCAUAAUUUUUUAUUCAAUGAAAUUGUCAGCAUAAUUUGACUAAAAAAAGUACUUCACAAAAUUCAAACACAAAAAUUCUGUGUCCACAAAAAAGCUUUCGUAAUAAAGACACAAAUGAACCUCUAUAAAUGUGUCAAAACAUGCAGCCCUA